AUGAAUUUAUUAAACAUUUUAUUAACUUUAGUUUAUGCUAUUAAUGCUAUUCAAAUUGAUUUGAAUGAUGAAAAUUUAGCUAUUAGAGCAGAAGGUGAUGAAACAAAUUCUAUUGAUUUAUUAGAUUCAUUUGCUACUGAUGGUGUAGAAGACGCCGAUGGUUUUUCACCUGAAACUGGAGCACCGGAUUCUUUUGAAACUGGAGCACCUGAUUCUUUUGAAGAUGGAGCACCUGAUUCUUUUGAAACAGGUUUGAUUGUUCCUACUAAUACAUUUGAAGAAACUGGUUUUAAUUCUGCUACUCAAGUUGGUUCUGAUGAAACUGAUCCAAGAUUAUUUGCAACUUCUUCAAAUAGACGUUCACCAUCCUCAACAUUAUCAACAAAUUCAACUACAAGAAGAAAUUCAACUACAAGCAGAGAUUCAACUACAAGCAGAGAUUCAACUACAAGAAAAACUUCAUCUACAACUUCAGAUCAUGAGCAUUCAACUACUUCUGACCAAAAUGAUAAUGAUAGUAAGUUAAAUAAUGAAUCUGCUACUGCUGCUCAAAAUGCUGCUAAUUUAAUUCAAGAUUCUACUUAUGGAUUAGCUUUUAUUAUUGCUGCUAUUGCUGGUUUAUUAAUUUAA